AGCCAGGUACGAUAACAGCAGGAGCAGCAGGUUUUCACGCUUUUGAUCGCAGUCGGUGUCAGAAGUAGAAAUUUGGUUUCUGCAGUUACCGAUCGGCUUUUUUACGGUAUUCUCUCUGUUUAUAAAUCUAGUUAACAUACAGAUUGUUCAACAUGUCUCUCGACGAAAAUUUCAACAAGGCUGCUGAAAACGUCAAAAACUUAAAAUCCAAACCUUCUGAUAAUGAUUUAUUGGAACUCUAUGCCCUUUUCAAACAGGCUACUGUAGGCGAUGUAAACACUGAUCGCCCGGGUAUGCUUGACUUAAAGGGAAAAGCCAAAUGGGACGCAUGGAACGAAAGAAAAGGAAUGUCCCAAACUGAAGCCAAAGAAAAAUACAUUGCAAAAGUCGAAUCGCUGAUCAGCUCAUUGGGUCUUGCCUAAUUUUCUUAUAUUUUUUUAUAACUUUAUACCUAAGGAAUAACCGAACAAAAACAUUACAUUACAAAAAAUAUUGUAGUGGGUAAUAUCUAAGAUUAAACAUACACAUUUUUUAAUCAAUGUGAUUGUGCUGUAGCACUUUUUGCAUUUUAGUUAUUUUUAAAUAAAAUUAUAUGUUGUUUUCAA